AGUGCACGCAUUCAUCGUAGCGACUGUCUCCGAAAUCAUACGAGAACUUCAAAGCUUCAACCACCUAAGAAAGCCCCGACGUAGAAACCCAUUCUUCAACAGCACACAAAAACACGUCGUCAAAAUGGCCUCUCGUAUCUCCCGCCGAUUCCUCUCCACCACCGCCCGCCGCUUCCAGGAGCACCAGAAGGCUGAGCUCAAGAAGGAGUCUCGUCGCAACCCUGAGAUUCUGAUUCUCGGUGGUGUUAUGGUUGCUGCCCUUGGCGGUGCUGGCUACUACCUUGGCCGAUCUCCUACUGGCGCUACCUCCGAGUCUCCCGUCACCAUUGCUACUCACCCCUGGGAGAGCGGCAGCUCUGGCAAGUACCAGUACCACCCCGGCGGUGACCCCAACGCAGCUCCCAAGGACGCUCCCAGCGCUCUCAACGUUGUCGUCGUUCCCAACGUCACCCUUCCCGCCGAGCUUCAUGAAAAGUACAACAAGUGGGGCAAGGACGGAUACCCUUAAAUCACGAGUUUGGAAUGAUGUUGGAGCUGGCUACAUGAACAAGCAUGUAUUGUAGGGAAUGAGGGGAGAGCUUAUGAGUUGGAUCAGUCAGGUCUCCCACGCCCUGUGUAGAAAGAAGAAGGACAAAAUGGGCUUGAUCUAAGCAACCACCCAUAGUUCACAUACGACGCGCCGCGAUUUUUCUUAGCUUUGUGUCUUUCAACUAUAAUUUGACUUGUCUCUGGCCUCA